AUGUCAGUGAGAGAGAAGUUGGCCUCACUCCAACAUGCUGAACAUGUUGUUGAGGACAUAUUUUCAGGGAUACAGACCACCUACCUCAGGAAGAAAUACGUGAUGGAGAACCUCUCCUACACAGACGUUCUGGUGAUGCCACUUCAGACGGGCAACCAAGCACUGCAAGAGUCGGUGUGCUAUGUACCUCUAUCGCCACUACUGGGAAAUCUCCUGUCAUCCACUGAGAUCCUUGAAAGUGUCAUGCAGCCCAUACAUCAGUCCAAAGUCCUUCAAGAUAUUACCGAUGGAGACUUCCUCAGCCAACAGCUGUUGCGCCAAGAGGGCAGUGAGACACCGACCAUCUUCCUCCUCCUUUAUUCAGAUGAGCUUGAGCUGAGCAAUCCUCUGGGUGCGGCAGCAGGGUCUCACAAGAUCCUUGUUGUCUACUUCUCGCUGAUCAACAUCCAUCCAAGGCACCGGUCAAAGUUGAGUGCCGUGCACCUCCUGCUGCUUGUCAGGUACCCGAUGGUCAAAAAGUAUGGCUUGGAUCGAGUUCUUGCUCCCCUUAUCCAGGACUUGAAUUAUGUCCAUGAGCAUGGCAUGCAUGCACAAGGGAAGCACUUCAAUGUGGUGACAGUAGCAUUCACUGGGGACAACCUUUCUAUGCACAAGAUGGCUGGCCUCCAGUGCUGCUUUAGUAGCGGCCGCAUAUGUCGUUUCUGCCUUGGUCGCUACGGGUAUUUGGACAAGCUUUUCUCCGAGGCAGAUUGCACGAUGAGAACACGCGCAGGACAUGAAAGCCACCUGAAAGCAUUCGCUUUGAAUCCAGCCCAAAAUGGCCCAUUGUAUGGCAUCUCUGCCAUUCCUCCACUCCAAAGCAUCGCAGAGUUUGACAUUACAUCACAACUCCCCCCGGACGCAAUGCAUGAUAUCUUGGAAGGGGGAAUGGGCGUCGUCAUGCAGCGUGUCCUGCAUGGUCUAGUAGAAGAUGGCACGCUUCAAAAGUCCGACAUGGACAAGGUGAAUAGCUUCAAUUAUGGAUUUCACGACAAAAAGGCUGCCCCUGUUGCACCCAAAGAGAAGUUUCUGCAAGGAAAAGCCAACCUGCGUGGCACAGCAAGCCAAAAGUGGUGCUUAUUCAGGCUCCUCCCGCAGAUCUUUGGAGAUUCUGUGCCUCCCGAUAACCCACAUUGGUUAGUCUAUGUGGCCUACAGACAUUGCAUCGACAUUAUCCUAGCAGAGAGGAUUCCAAGAGACUGCAUUUCCUAUCUCCAGAUCAAGAUCCAAGAGUUUCUGGAAGCAUUCACAUUGCUGUACCCAUCUGCACCAGUGACAGCAAAGUUGCACUACUUGCUCCAUUACCCAGGCUUCAUACAGAGGUUUGGCCCACCACGUAGGUACUGGGGAAUGCGCUUCGAGGCUAAACAUGCCUACUUCAAGACUAUUGCUUCAAAUGUGCGAAACUUUCGCAACAUCUGCCGAACACUAAGCACACGCCAUCAGCUGUUGCAAGCCUACGAGCUCUCGGGAAAGCUUUUCGAAAGCUGCAUUGAAACGACUGGUUCUGUUGUGGUGAAGUUAACCAGCCUUUCACAAGAAGAGCAAGCCGCUGUCUGCGUCAUCACGCCAGAAGCUACCCUUUGCUCUGUGAAGACUGCCAGUGCAAACAGUCGUAUGUACCGACUGGGAGAUGUGAUCAUCUUCGAUGUGCAGAACGACACACCAAUCUUCCUCCAAGUCGAAAAGCUGCUGGUGGUUUGCGGAUUAUUGAUCCUCCUUUGCCGACGUCUGAAAACUGUGUGCUACUGCAAUCACAGGUGCUCGUACAUUGUGGAAAAAUGCAACGACAUUGUGGCAGUGACACCAGGCAACGAGUUUGACUUGUGCUCACUUGACCUGUACAACUCUGGCACACUCUACGAAGUUGUGCCUCACUUCGCAAUUUUGCAAGCUUAAUUAACACCACAACACAAGGGGAUACAUUCCGGCCCAACACAAGAAAACUGAACAUACAAACAAACUAGAGCAAACUGAAGCUGAAUUAUGAUUUACAUUUCUUUUUUCGAAUGCAUCUGUUUUUUAGUGAAUUUGGAAAGUUUUUUUUAUUAGUGCUAUCGUUGCAUCACGGUUAACCGUGUCAUCUUGAACAUUUUUUGUGUGUGUGGUCAUUUUGCUUUUAUUAUAUUUCUUGUGCUUUUUUGUCCAUUCUUCAUGUUUAAGACUUUUUUGUAUUUGAAUUUGUCCUAGCAUGCUUGAGUCAGUUUUUAAUUUUGUUGGUGCACCAAUUCUUGCCUUUGUCAUCUUUUUCAAACUUGCUAGAGAAAACCUACUCCUGCAAUUUUCGUAAAGUGUUAAAAAUGC